CCGCAGCCGCAGUGCCUGCCUGUCACCAGGACAGGGGAGCAUGGGAAAGGCCUUGCACAGCCAGGGCUGGAAGGCUCGGGCUUCAUUCAUCCCUGUCACUGAUGGCACCAAGGGAGAGAGUCUGGUUUGUCUUUCAGAUCUCAGUUUGUGUUCCAGGACAAAUACAAUCAGGAAAAUAUUGUGGUUCGCUUCUGCUUUGAUCGCACCUAAUCAGAGAGGUGAUGGUGGUAGCUGUGCCAGGUGCUCUGAGAAGGAACUGAUGCUGUAAACCACGCUGGCCUUCAAGAGCGUGCAGACAGAUCUGCAUCUUGGAGAAUCAUUUCCCUGGACUGGCAUGGACUUUCAACAAAACGAAUUGAACCAUCGUGCUAAUGAACGUGCAGCUCAGUUUUGGGAAUGUAAAUCAGCUGGCAAAACACCUGCCAAAUCAAGUGUCUUAUCCUAACGUAAUGGGUGACUAAAUACACAUUCCUGUGCUGGAGAUUUAAAUAAUCCUUCAGAGCACCGUGAGAGUACCAGAGGCUUGGCAGACAGAGGAAAACCUACGAAAGAGGAUGAACAAGCUGCAGAGACUGCUUCAGAACAAGAUCCUGAUCCUGACAAUAUGUGCUGCUGGGAUUGGAGGCACCUUCCAGUACGGUUACAACAUCUCCAUCAUCAACGCCCCAGCCUCAUACAUCCAGGGGUUCAUGAACACGACGUGGCUGGAGCGCAUGGGCGCUCCCCUGGACAGCAACAUGGUGCUGCUGCUCUGGUCCUUCACUGUCUCUGCCUACCCUCUGGGAGGCCUCACUGGGGCCGUGGCUGCCGGGCCCAUGGCCAUCAUGCUGGGCAGGAAGAUGUCCCUGCUGCUCAACAAUGGCUUUGUGAUCAUCGCUGCAGCCUUGUCUGGGUGCAGCAGAAUGGCCAAAUCCUUUGAAAUGAUUAUGCUCAGCAGAUUUUUUACUGGCGUGAAUGCAGGUGUGAGCAUGAACAUUCAGCCCAUGUACCUGGCAGAGAGCGCCCCAAAGAAGCUCCGAGGAGCUGUGGCCUUGACCUCUGCAUCGUUUACAGCCCUGGGGCUGGUGCUGGGGCAGGUUGUUGGACUCAGGGAGCUCCUAGGAGGGGAGGAGAGCUGGCCAUUCCUUUUAGCAAGCAAUGUGGUUCCUGCCCUGAUCCAGCUCACAGCUCUGCCUUGGUUCCCUGAAAGUCCCAGAUAUCUCUUGAUUGACCGUGGAGACAAAGAAUCCUGCAUCUCUGCGCUGCAGAAGCUCAGAGGCACCAGUGACCUGAGUGCAGAGCUGGAAGAGAUGCUGGCAGAGCAGGCUGCUGUGAAAGGCCAGAGAGCAAAGAACCCGUGGGAGCUGUUCCAGAACCCAGGCCUGCGGUGGCAGCUGGUGAGCAUCGUGGUGCUGAGCAGCGCCAUGCAGCUCUGCGGCAACGACUCGAUGUAUUUUUAUGCAGCUUAUGUGUUCCAAGAGGCUGGAAUUCCUGAGGACAAAAUCCCCUAUGUUGUAAUCGGCACGGGAAGCUGUGAGCUGAUCACGUCUGUCACUUGUAACAUGAUUAUAGACUAUGCUGGUCGGAGGCCGCUGCUGCUGGGGGGAUACAUCUUCAUGGCAGGAUGGGCCAUUGUCUUCAUGGUCGCUCUGAGCCAGCAGACUCAGAUUAGCUGGAUGCCUUAUCUCAGCAUGGCCUGCAUUUUCGCCUAUAUCCUGAGCUUUGGAAUCGGACCAGCUGGUGUAACAGGAGUUCUGCCCACAGAGGUUUUUGAUCAAAUGUCCCGACCAGCUGCUUACAUGAUCUGUGGCUCCCUGCUCUGGUUCAACCUGUUUCUGGUGGGAACAGCCUUUCCGUUCAUCGUGAAAAGUCUAGCACAUUUCUGCUACAUCCCAUUCCUUGUGGUCUGUGUCUGCACUGCCCUCUACGUUUGGUUUUUCCUUCCUGAGACAAAGGGAAAAUCCUUCCUGGAAAUCUCGGAGGAGUUCAGGAAACGGAACUUCAAAACUAAGACCCGUGGAGGUUUCUAUAAAGGCCCUGAGGAGAUCAAAACCACCACCUUGUAUCGUAUGUUAGCCAAUGGCCAAAGCACUGAAGUGUGUAACUGGGUUCUGGGAGGCAUCUGUGAGCUUUGCCUCCACUCAGCAUUCUCACUGUCCUGUGCUUCAGCAGCUGUGCUUUCCUACUGCUCCUUGGAGGAGGCAGGUGUGUCCAUUGCUCAGAUUGUUGGAGCUCCCAAGGACAGUACAGCACAUUUGGAGGCAUGUCUGGAUAGCUGGACCUGUUUGUUUGCUGGUUUUGUUUCCUGCAAGAAAAUGAGCUACAACCUUUUUCUCCUGGCUUUUGUCCUGGGCAUGACUGGAACCUUCCACUAUGGAUUGCAGGUCUCCAUUAUCAAUUCUCCUGCUGAGUACAUCCAAAGUUUCAUCCAUGAGACCUGGCUGAAGAGAUAUGGCUCCUCUCCCAGUGCAGAGAUGAUCACUUUGAUGUGGUCCCUUAUUGUGUCCAUCUACAGCAUCGGCGGGCUCCUGGGCUCCUCCUCUGCUGGGUACUUGUGUGUUCGAUUUGGAAGGAAGAAGGCCAUGCUGCUUUCCAACAUCCCUGCUCUGCUGGGUGCAGCUCUGAUGGGAUUCAGCCGGCUGUGUGGAUCUUUUGAGAUGAUCAUUGCUGGAAGGUUAUUUUCUGGAGUCUGUGGAGGUUUAACUCAGAAUGUCCAUAUCAUGUACGCUGGGGAAUGUGCCCCACGGAGGCUCCGUGGGCUGAUUGCCAUAACAGCUUCUACCUUCUCCGCUCUUGGAAAAUUUGUAGGAUUUGCUCUGGGUCUCAGAGAAGUUCUUGGAGUGGAGGCUCUCUGGCCCAUUCUGCUGGCAGCCAAUGCAGUCCCUGUCCUUGUUCAGCUUCUCACCCUCCCCUUCUUCCCAGACUCUCCCCGCUACCUGCUCAUUGACCAGAAGGACAAGGAGGGAUGCAUCAAAGCUGUGAAGCAGCUCUGGGGGGACGGGGACCAUCUGGCUGAAAUCAAUGACAUGAUGUCAGAGCAGAGGGCCAUCGGUGGCGAGAAGGCGAAGAGCGUUUGGGCCCUGCUGCGGGACAGAGCCGUGCGCUGGCAGCUCAUCACCCUGCUCCUCGUGGUCUCCUGCAUCCAGCUCCUCGGGGCCAAUGUGGUUUACUCUUAUGCAUACAGUAUCUUUACAAAGGCUGGAAUCCCCCCUGCUCAAACCCAUUAUGUCUCCCUGGGGAUUGGGACCACUGAGAUCCUCUCCACAGUUCUGUGUGGCUUCCUCAUCGAGCGUGCAGGGAGGAAGACACUGCUGUGGAAAAACUACACCGUGAUGGCCUUGGCUCUAGGGCUCCUCACAGUCACACUGUCCCUGCAGGACUCCUUUUUCUGGGUACCAUACUGCUCUGUUGCACUUGUCUUUAUUUUCAUCAUGAGCUUUGGCAUUGGGCCAGGUGGAGUAGUAUGCCCCUUGAUCACAGAAAUAUUCAUUCAGUCAUACAGACCAGCUGCUUAUGUUUUUAAUGGUGUUAUAAACUGGAUCCAACUCUUCAUCCUUGGGCUGGUGUUCCCUUUCAUUGUGGAAGGUCUUGGUAAUUUCUGCUUCAUCAUUUUCCUGACAUACUGUGUGUCCAUGGCUAUUUUUGUACUCCUGGUGCUGCCAGAGACCAAAGGAAAGACCAUGCUGCAGGUCAAGGAGGAGUUCAACCGCCUGAACUACCGUGGAAAGAAGGGGCAGGCAGCCCUGCAGCAGAGUAACUGCUCAAUGGUGACUGUUACUAGGCUGUAAGAACAAACCCUCCACUUCAUAGUUUGCUCUUUUAUUGCUGUAGUGCCCAGAAGUUUCACUAAGCAAGAGAGAAUCUAUAGAUCCACCAAAAAAAUCACCUUCAGUGCAGGGUGCAGCAUGAACUUGGUGGUUCUCUCCAGCUCCUGAAAUACCAGCUGAAUUAAUUCCUCUGCAGAAAAAAAUUAAACACAGUUUGUAGAGAAAAUAAGAUCUUUGUCAGUCCCUCCAAGCUCGCAGUUAUAAACUGAAAACACAGGAUCUGCUGUUUUCUUGGCAAAACCAGGACUUCACAGUUGGCAGAAGUGAUUCUAGAAGGCCUAGAGGUACAGCAAACUUGCAAAGAAGACGGAGCUUUGACACCGAAAUUAUCUGCUCCUAUCAACAAGUCCGUGCCAAUGAGCUUUCCCAGAGAAGAAGCUUCAGUUCACAGGAACAGAAGUGUUUAGCUCUUUAAUCCAGUGAAAGAAGAGUGCCUUGCCUAGCAGCAGGCAGAAUCAAUGUGCAGUGUUCCCCCACGUUUACAAUCUGGGAAAGUCAGGGAUAUGUCAGCACUGAAAGAAAGCAAUGAGCAAAGAAAGAGCAGCAGGAAAUCAUGAAUGGGCAAAUCCAGAGUGCAGAUUCUCCUUCAUUGGCAAUGACUGUGCAGUGUCUCUUCAGCCUGGAGAACACUGGGAUUCAGUGGGAUUGAGCCCUGAGAGUGACUGGUACUGGCGAGACAGAGAAGAGGGAGUUUAAUCCAGAUGUGUGACUGUUUGUUCUCUGUUGUGAUGCACUGAAUAGUUAUUUGGAUGCUGCACUGGGUGUUGUGUUACAUGAAUGUUUCCCCUUUCCCUCAGGUGGUUUGUUCCCUUGGUAAGGUGGUCUGUCCCUUGUAGCCUCUCCCUUUGCCCCUCCUCACUGGUGUCCCCUUGGCUGUGGCCUUCCGUCCCCGCCUCCCAUUCCGUGGGUAUAAAUGUCCCUUGGGAUUGGAAUUCGGUCUCUUUUUUCACCUGGAUGGUCUCAG